UAUCCAAAUAAUUUGCUACAUACCCACUGAUGACGCUCUUCGGUACAUCCAUUCUGGAUUUAUUGUUUCAUUCAUUUAAAUAAUUAGACAAACAACAAUCGAUCACCAGAGAAAAUCCCACCUAUGUUUGGUGGAUUAUUGCAAUUACUACCGACUCGUCAAUCGUUAUCAUCCAUCAAGGCCAUCCUACGCUGGCGUUCUAAGCCCUUACAUGUCGCUUUAAAUCCCUUAGACAGAAACCUUUACCUGUCACCAGCUUCCGCGAGUUCUGCCGUCUAUCAACAUCAAUCAUCAUGUCUGCUUCGAACGUGCUCGAGGGUGACCUACGAGCCAGCACAACUUUUUGCGACGAUAGGCUUGGGUAGCCGAUAUAUCCACUCUUCAGGGGGUACUGGAAAUUCCGUUGUGAAAAUCCUCAAAGAUAUAGGGGAGCUGAACAAUAGAGUAUCUGCGGAGAACUCAAAAACGGAGAAGCAGAACAUUAUUGCAGGAUAUCCUUGGCUUCGGGAGCUUCUCGAGUACGUAUAUCAUCCAGAUCACCGCACUUAUAUGACAUUUUCGUCUCUCAAGUCCUUUAUUGAUAAUUCACCCAAAUCUUUCAAGUCCAUUGAUCUCCCUUCAGUUGCCACUUCCGAUCUAUCUCUCAUUGAGUUAUUCGAUCUAUUAUCUCAAAAGGCCGUAACAGGUCAUGACGCUAAGAGGACGGUGGUAGCGUUUCUGAAGGCGAAUGGUGUCAUAGGAAAUGACGAGCUGUUAAAGACAUUUGGGAGGCUGUUGGAUAGAAAUUUAGUGGCCGGGUUUGGGGCGAAGACGUUAGUAAACGUACCGUGGGUGGAAGGAGAGUCGGAGUUGUCAAAUACAGUGUCACCUCCAUCGCUAUCCAAAAAAUAUCCAUCAACGCAGAUUACUUCAUCGUCCAAACCUUCCCAAUUGGCGUCUUCACCGAGACCAAUCUCUCCUUCCGUAAGCGGCGUUACACCCAUCCUCCCAACCUUCAGACCUCUCGACAAAUUCGAAGUUGCCCUCGGUAAAUCGCUCGAACCACCAUUUUCCUCAUUAUUCAAAUCCGAACCUGUUUGGUAUGCUUCUCGCAAACUUGAUGGCGUCCGAUGUCUCUCCUUCAUCGACGUUCUUGUCCCCUCCUCCUCUUCCAAACCCCUCGAGUUCGUCCAUGGUCAUUUCGUCUCUCGUUCUGGUAAACCAUUCCACUCCCUCACCAAACUUUCUGAACAACUUCGCCUGCUUGUCAAAGACCAUCCAGACAAUCCCUUGCGAGAGUGGUUGAAGAACGAUCCGGAGGUGGUUGAAAUCCGUGAAACAGGAGUUGUAAAGCGGUUGGUACUCGACGGAGAAAUUUGUUUGAUGCGCCCAAAAACGGAGGAGGAGUUGAAGGUGGUCCAGCCGAGAGAUGACGGAUCAGCGGCGGAUAAGAUGUGGAUCGCAUCAGACCCUUUCAUUGAAGACUUCCCUUCUACUGUCUCAGCCAUACGAAAAAGCGGAACCAUCCAGCACCUCUCUUACUUUGUUUUUGACGUCCUCUCCUGGGCCGAGGUCUACGCCAAACAAGGUCUCCUUCGACCCGGCCUAGGAAAGAAGUUUAGCGAGCGGAUAGCGGAUGUUGAGAGGCUGGGAAAUUGGUUGAACAAGUCAUUAGCAUUGGAGGGGAUAGAUGAGCAGGAGAGAAUUAUGAGGGCUCUGGUGCAGUGCAAGGUUGAGAGACCGGAGGAUGUGGAGGACAUGGUGAAACGCGCGGCGAAUGAGGGAUGGGAGGGGUUGAUUUUGAGGGCGGAUCAGCUUUAUAAGGGGAAGAGAUCAUCGGACGUUCGAAAGUUCAAGAAAUGGCAAGACGCCGAGUACGUCGUCAAAUCAGCAGAUACCAACAUUAUGCGCCUUGCUAUCAACGGUGUUUUCGACGAGCAUGAAGCUCUCGCUAGUGUCUGGAUUGAGCAUAAGGGGCACCCUGUCUCCGUAGGAUCUGGGUUCUCAGCUGAGGAGAGGCUGAGAUAUGCAGAGAAACCUGAAGAGAUUGUGGGAAAGACGAUAACGGUGGAGUAUUUUUCCGAGAGCGAGGCAAUAGGAAGAGAAGGAGCGAAAAGUUUGAGAUUUCCUAGGGUGAAGGCGAUAUGGGGUGGGGAGAGGGAUUUGUAGAGUUGUAUUUAAAAAAAACGA